AGACGCACGGCCGUGUGGACAGCCCAGGAGAGCGCAAAGAUGAACGGACAGGGGGAAGAAGAAAUCGAACCUGAGAAAUACAUUUUCAGCUUCGCACCAAAAGUGAGUUCCGGGUUGGACCAUUUCGCAUGUGUUGGGUACUAUAAGAAGAAGCCGAUGGUAUUUUGCUGGGGAGGGAACACGAGCAACCAGUUGGGGGUAGGAAUCAACACAAGGGAAUGUAAAGUACCCACGCCGGUGCCUUUCUUUGAAGAUUUUUUUGUUACCUCCGUGUGUUGUACCUAUUACUGUACCUUUGUUUUAGCUAAGAGGAGCGCGUUGGAUGUGGGGUGUUCUGUGUACUCCUUCGGGAAGGGCAACAAUGGGUUGCUAGGGUUUAGGAAGGAGAAGAUUUUUUUUCCAAAUCGUGUGGACUCGCAUCAUGUAGGGGGGGAGAAGGAGAAGCUACUGCGGAAGCUCGACAACAAGGUGGACCAAACGUUGCUGGACGCGUUUGGGGUUACCAAGGGGGGUGUUAGCGGUGGUGGCGGUGUUAGCGAUGUUAGCCGCGGUAGCGAUGGUAGCGAUCGUAGCGGUGAUGGCUUGCUCCACUUUGACAUGGACGACAUUUACAGCGAAGAAGGCUCCGCGGGGGGAGCGUCUCGCGUGAACGGCUGCGCUGGGCCCCCCCCGGAGGAGAAGGCGGACUGGUUUACCCCCGUACCGAUGAAGGUGAAAUUCGAGGAGCGCACGAGAAUUAUGUUCAUAUCCUGUGGGGACAUGCACACGUUGGCCAUUUGCACCAGGGGGUUCCUUUACGGAUGGGGGAGUAACACCUUCGGGUGUGUAGGGAAUGGGACAAACAGGAAUGUAUACGAACCGGUUCGUAUUUUUCUGGAGGGAAGAAAAGGAGGAGCGGGGGUAGGUGGUCGGUUUGGAGGUCUAGGUGGGAGUCGCCGCCCCUUUGGGAACGCUCUCCAUGGGAACGCUCUCCAUGGGAACGCUCUGCAUGGGAAUGAGCCCAACCGAGGGGACAUCAUCAUUCACUGCUCCGCGGGGGGAAAGCACAGCAUGGCGUGCACGCUACGUGGGGAGUUGUACAGUUGGGGUUAUGGAGCAAAUGGACGGCUUGGACUGGGUAACAUCCAAAGUUACAACAAACCACAACUAGUGAAGACGUUCCAAAAGAGAAAGAAAAUCAUUUACGUGUGUUCAGGAAAGUCUCACUCAGGAUGCAUAGAUGCAGAAAAUAACGUAUACACAUGGGGGAGUGGAAGAUAUUUUAAACUCGGUCAUGGAGAUGAUAACGAUGUGUUGAGUCCGAAGAGGUUAGACUAUCUAUGUCACUCUCGUAAAAUUUUUAUGCUAUCUUUUGGUACCUUCAAUUCGCUAGCUCUAAGUGUAAAAGGGGACGUGUUCCUUUGGGGGGUUUUUACUCAAAUAAAAAGAGGAUCCUCAUCCUACACGUGUAAAGCUCCUAAGAAGGUAAACAUGCAUUAUAAAUGCUUAUCUGUUCAUGCAUCUGUGUAUAUGUCCAUGGGGGUGACUCUCGUGGGGGAUUUAAUCGUGUUGGGUGAUUGCAGUCGGGUUAUCGCAUGUGGAGGAAGUGGCCCUUCCAAUGUAUUGCUAAAGAGCAACCAUGGGGAGGGGGAGUCCGACUCCGGAGACAGCAAUGUUGAUGUGAUGAACCACCUUAUUGGAAGGGAAGCAAAUUGGAUCGACCAACUAAACCGUAGUAAUGAGUUCCCGGUUAGAUACGUUAAAGAAUUACGAGGGAAAAUCCACAUAAAAGAUAUCCUUAGGACGUUCUACAUGCUGGAUAAGGAAUCCUUUACCCCUGGGGGGAGAGACAAAGGAUGGCAUGAACAACUCAGGUGGGAUGACGAGAGCUGGAGUCCUUAUGGUGAUGGUCCAACGGAAGGAACAGUUCCAAAGAAAGACUUGGUCAUCAAGUCAAGGGUUAGGAUGAUCGAUGGGAGUGAGCACUUUAGUGUAUUCCUGUUGCAGAGCGGGAAGGUAUAUGCUUCUGGGGUUAAUAAAAAUGGAGAGCUAGCAAAUGGAGAGGCAGCAAAUGGGGGACCACCAAAUGGAGAGCCACCAAAUGGAGGGCCACCAAAUGGAGUGUACAACUUAGGGAAGAAAUUUUCCGUUCCUGUUCCGAUCGACGUGUGUGUUAAUAAAAUAGUAAAAAUCGCAUGUGGAUAUAAUUACACCUUGGCGUUGAACGAAAGGGGGCUACUCUACGGGUGGGGGAAGAACGACAAAAGCCAACUCGGUAUAGGAGUAAUUAAGGACUGCCACGAACCGGUGCACAUAAAAUCGCUCAGCAAAGUCAUCGACGUGUAUGCGGGACAUGAUCACAGCGCUUGCAUAGUGAACAGUUCGUUUGACGAGGAUCGUUCGAUAGAGGAAGCGAAGAAGGAGGAGGAGAAAAAAAACUACCACCAUUUUGACGUGGAGAAUGAAAAUAUGUUGGAACGAGGAGAGCUGUACACCUGGGGAAACGCAGAAAGCGGGAAGGUAGGACUCGGGGCAGACUACACACAAGGAGCGAUCCUCUUGCCCAGAAGAGUCAACCUAACAAAUAAGGUACACAGGUGCUCCCUAGGGAACAGUCACACAUUAAUACUAACCGAUUCAAACGAGCUGUAUGUAUGUGGUAGUGCAAAUAAUGGCAAGUUGGGUCUAACGGAUAGAAGCAUAGGAUACAUGGUCAGUUCGCCAAGGAAGGUUAACAUAGAUCCCAGCAUCUACAUCAAGCAGGUGGUGGCAGGAGCAACCUACAGUAUGAUACUCUCCGUUGAUGGGUUCAUCUACACAUGGGGAGAGUUCAUAAAAAAUGAAUUAGCGUCUGAAGUCCCAGUGUUGUAUUCUCAAAUAAGUAACGUAAAGCAUAUUAUCGGUGGGAAAGACAGACACGUUUUAUUCCUUACAUGUGAUAAUAAACUCUUCGGGUUGGGUGACAACACACACAUGCAGAUCCUACAUGAUGUGAAAGAGACAAGCAUACGUGGGAGACCAAAACUGAUUCCCUACUUCGUCAGAGAUAGAAGCAUAGAAUCAGCGUACUCAUUUAAAAAUGCGUCCUUCGUACAGCUGGAAGGUACACACGAUUUACUUGCUUGGGGAUACACAUCUAACUGCCACCUGGGCAUCGGGGUGACGAACGCCACGUAUUUGAAGCAACCGAAGAAGGUGAUCAGAACUUGGGUGACCUAUGAGGAGGUCGAUCGAGGCGGAGACAACGAUGUGGCAGCGGAGCAGGGUCUGCUAGGCGGGCCGAACAGUCCCCCCUUUAACGACGGGCUGGCAGACGGGCUGGCAGGCGGACUGGCAGACGAAGUCGAGCUCGUAAGAAGGAGAGUGCUCAAAAAGAUGCAGUUCGAGGACGACCUCGUUUGUGGUGCCCCCUACCACGAAGGAGAUGUGGAACAUAUGAUUAAACAAAUACAGAUCAUGCCGCAUCUUCUAAAUUGGGAAGAGAUUCAAAUUUUACUAAAAAAGGAGAGAUACACGAACAGCAUUGAGUAUGUGCGUUCUUUCGAGAGAGACCUAACUGAUAUGUAUACGAAACACAUGGAGUUUCUCCUAAAUUUGCAUUCCCUGGAGAGGACUUACAACGAGUUGCUUCUCAAUUAUCAACACUACGUCCUCUCAAAUGUAGUGUUGCUGGGCGAGGAGCGCCCGUCCAUCAUGUUCUCCCAGCACACACACGUCUUGGAUUGCAACCGGGACAAGCUGCAGCGAUUCGUGUACAUAGUUCAGCAGCAGCCUGUGUACCUCGUGAUUCUCUGUCUGAUCCAUAACUGCAAGAAUGUGAAGUACGGGAGUGGGGCCUACGGGGGUCACUCCUACGGGGGUUACUCCUACGGGGGGUACUCGUGCGAGGGGUACGCCUACGAGUACGGUGGGCGCGUGGAUGGUAGCCAGGACGGCAGACAGUUCGGGAAUCCGCCGCAGAACCAGUUGGAGAAUCCGCCGCAGAACCAGUUGGAGAAUCCACCGCAGAACCAGUCGGGGAAUCCGCCGCGGAACCAGUCGGGGAAGCCGCCUGCCAUGCGUGACCGGAGCGACCGGGCUGCCGCUGAGGAGAAGCGCAACUUCUACCGCAGCAGCACGCGCAUCCUCUGCUCCUUCAUUUUCGACCUCUACCACGACCUCCGGGACGAACGCGUGCGAACCAUAUUCACGAUUUUUCUCAUCAAGCUGGGCGUGGAGGAGAUAAACAACUGCCUGCACGUGGAGGCCCUGUUCAGGGAAGACUCCUCCAUUUUUUUCGUCCUCAUCAGGAUGCUAUUCUUAAAGAACGAAGUGCUGGCAAGCUUCGCGCGGCGCCUGGCCGACAUGGGCAACGUCAACUCGUUCGUGAGGCUGGUGGACUCCCUGUCGCGCUGUGGCCCCGGGGGGGAACGCGCGCCAUCAGCGGAGAGGUCACCACUCGUCUUGGAUUCUUCUCCCCGAGUGGAACCCCCCACCGGGGAUGCACUCACAGGGGAUGCACUCACGGGGGACUCCCUCUCCCCUGCGUUGAUCAAUCGGGAUGCACUCGCUCGCGCUUCGAUGAGUGCUGCUCCACCCAACCGCUCCCCGACGAGCACCCCCCCACGCAACCGCUUCAUCGACGAGGCGAACGACCCCCUAGACAAGGAGUUCGCAGCCUUCAUGAAGGGAAAGAAUCCAGAGAAGACCUCCCCCCUGAAUCUACCGAUGAAUAUGUAUAGCGGGUUGAAGCCCCUUCCGUAUAGCCACUUGGAAGGAACAUUUGGUUAUAAUUCCCAAGGAGUAGUCCCCUCAUCGUGGCAGGGACAGAACCCAAAAGAACCCAUGACAGGUCCAGCUAGGCAAAAAGAUGUACUUGUAGAAAUAGACAUGGUACAUGUGUUCAGAGAGUUAUGUAAGCUAUUCGAAAAAAUGAUUUUUCCAGAAAUAUUUCAAAUUGUUGUAAAAAAUUUAUUUAAGCAUUUGUCCCUAUGCGAGAUGAACACCAACAAUGAGAGCCUCUCACAGAAUAGGAUCUUUUACUUCACAGGGGAGCACUUCCUGUAUGUUCCAUUUUACCAUUUACUACUCAUGGCUAUCUUAAAUCCAAUGUUAAGGAAUGUAGAGAAGCUAGCAGAAAAAUUUUUUUUCCCUGUUAUCCCACCCCAUGUCAUUAAUUUGUGUAAAAGGGUAUCGUCUUUGUUGGAGGUUCUUUGUAUUAACAGAUAUGACUGUCUAUCGAGAUAUAAUCUAAGAGAAAGCUUUGUCUCUGUGAAAUUCAUCCUUGAGAGAACCUUUUACUCCAUGGUGACAGUCACACAUCUCCUUUGCAACACGAGGGAGGAUGUAUACCUCACUGCGUAUGUUAAUUUGUUUAGUUACCAUUUGAGCAUGAGACCUUGCUAUGUAUAUUUGAAGGUCUUCCAACUGUGCCAUUUGCUUAAUCUGUUUUUCCGUUUCCAAAAUUAUUUGUGUCUCUCCUUCGACGACCCCGCGGUGGAGAUCGUCAAUGAGUUCUUCACAUGGCAGGAAGGGAAGGCAGACGGAGCGGGAGGCAAGGUAGACGGAACAGGAAGCAAGGUAGACGGAACGGGAAGCAAGGUAGACGGAGCGGGAAGCAAGGUAGACGGAGCGGGAAGCAAGGUACACGGAACGGGAAGCAAAAUAGAAGACAACGCGCCCAGUGACGUGGCCCGCAAAGUGGCCGCCAACGACGCGGCGGGCCGAGAGCGCAACGACAAGCAGAGCGGGAACUUCCUCCUGAGGCUGAUGGGCAAGGGGAAGAAGGCGAAGGGGCGAUCCAAGCGGGAUGUGCGGGAUGUGCGUGAUGUGCGUGAUGCGCGGGAUGGGCGGGCUGAACUGCCUGCGCAGACUGCGCAGAGUACGCUGCCCGCGCGGGGGAACCGACCACAAACGAAGACGCGGCGCGAGCGGCGCCUCAUUUUCUCGGAGAGCCAAAUCGACCUGUUCGCGCAGUGCAAGCUGGUGUACAACAUCCAGCUGGACACACGCUUCCUGUUGGAGGAAAAAAAUAUGAGCAUCUGUGAAUUCACAAAAAUUCCAAUGCCACAGUCCAUGUGCUAUCGUAAGAAGACGCGAAUAAAAAAUAGAGAAUAUUUGUUCUCUAUCAUCCAGGAGUAUAAGCAGCCAAGUGAUGAAGCUUAUCUCGUGAGCGAGUGUCUACGAGGGUGUCCUCUGCUGGGCCCAUGCACAGAUACGUCUACACUGUUAAUCAAAUUGAAGGCACUUAGAGUGAAUUUCCUUUCACUGGCCCAACAGAAGGAAGCAAAUUUAGUUACUCUCCUUGACAAAACAGUAGAUAUUUUUCUGUCAAACGAAAUGGUACACGUGAAUCAUCAAGAGAAUAUCCCACCCAAUCUGUACAUACAUAAAUUUAAAAUUAAUCAUGGGGAACAAACAGAACAACCUUUCGAGCGAUUUUUUAUGUUGCAAACUUUCAACAACAGGGAUUCCUUUUUUUCAUGA